UUGGCGACUCCACCAAAAACUUCAUGAGGUUUUCGUAGAUAAUUGUAUAUGUUUGUACUCAAGAUUAUAUAAAUUAUGCCGAAAAAUAAAGGAAAAGGAGGUAAAAACAGGAGGAGAGGAAAGAACGAAAAUGAAACAGAGAAACGUGAGUUGGUCUUCAAAGAAGACGGACAAGAGUACGCCCAAGUCACAAAGAUGCUCGGUAAUGGCCGCUUGGAGGCCAUGUGCUUUGAUGGCAUAAAACGUCUGUGUCAUAUUCGAGGAAAGCUAAGAAAAAAGGUAUGGAUAAAUCAAGGAGAUAUUAUCUUAAUCGGUUUGCGAGACUACCAAGACGCGAAGGCAGAUGUCAUCCUAAAGUAUACUCCAGAUGAAGCAAGGAAUCUGAAGACCUAUGGAGAGUUCCCAGAGACAGUGCGCAUCAAUGAGACAGUGGUAUAUUCUGUGGAUGGUCUGGACGAGGACAUUGAAUUCGGAGAUGAAGUCAGUUCAGAAGAUGAAGCAGAUGCAGUCGAUAAUAUCUAAACUUAGCUAUAUUUAUAAUUUUUACCGUAAGUCUGUGUAAAUUUAUUUUGCUGUUAUAAAUAAACAUGACUUUGUGAUCUUUGUAAAGUUUAGUUCUCAAAAUCUAUACUAAACUUGAUUGUAAUACACCCGAAUCCAUAUUCACCCUCAGUAUUGCUCCAAAUUGUAAGUGUUCAUAACACAAGUUUCUAUGUAUCAUUGGAAGAUGAAUAUUAAUAUCAUAAAAUUACUAAUUUAAUAGUCCAAUUGUGCAACAUUCCUUGAAUAAAAUUGUUCUUCUCAUAACCAUUUUAGAACCUUAAGAAAAUAAGGAAUGUAUAUAAAUUAAAAAUACAUACUGUCAAACGUA